GUGAAGAGGACACGCCAAUUGGGGCAAUGCCUGGAUGUUAUAGGUUAGGUUGGAGGCAUGGACUUGUAGAAGAGGUCUCUGAGGCUCGGGAUGUCGGUGUUAACAGCAUUGUGCUUUUUCCAAAAGUUCCAGAUGCUUUAAAGACCUCUACAGGAGAUGAAGCUUACAAUGAAAAUGGUUUAGUGCCUCGAACAAUACGGCUGUUAAAAGACAAGUAUCCUGAUCUUAUUAUCUACACUGAUGUUGCAUUAGAUCCUAUUCUUCUGAUGGGCAUGAUGGCAUCGUCAGAGAAGAUGGUAAGACACACUUGCCAUGAUUUAUUCUGAGAGUAAUUCACCUGCUAAUUUAUUGACUCAUCAGUCGAAGAUAAGUUC